AUUAUUGCAAUGGAAAAUUUCAGAAGAGACACAAAUCAUCAUCCUAUAUUAAGAAAUUUUAUCACAUGUGAAAUGGGUGUAGCAAGACUUGAUAUGACUUUGAUAUGACGGCUGGAUUGAAAAUAUCCUGUGUAGAAUUUUAUUUUCUCUGUGUUCUUUUCUUUACCUACCUAUAAUAAAGAAAAACUUUUUUUACCUUGAAUUAUCUGUUACCCAACUAACUCAAAUAUGUGUGUGUGUGUGUCAGAAAACUCUGUAUACUAACUUUUUAUAUGUUGAAUUAAUGAAUCUCUAACAGGUGGCUCCACAAUUACUAAUAUUUAAUAAAUUUACAUGAAAUAUUUAAAUUUUCAUGAAAAGGAAAUUUUUUGCAUGUAAGAUAUUAUACAAAAUAAAUACGAUCCUAAAAUAGAAUAAAUCCUCUUCGAAAUAUAAGUUACUUUUAAAAAAAUUAAUGUAUAUCUUCAAUGUAUACUGAUUAUAGUGAUUUUUGUGUGAUCUAUUUGGUCUUUUGUUGACUAAUAUAAUACUUUGGGCUAAUUUAAAUUGCUUCUAGAAAAUGAUGAAUUAUUAAAUUGUAUUUUCCAGAUCGCAUUUUUAAAGCUGAAUCAGUAGAAGUUUCAAUCAAUCAUGACAUAACUAAUUUCAUGAAUGACGAGCUUAUUAUUAUUAAAGAAGAGAUGUUCCAAGACAUUGGAGACGAAUCGGAGAAUGUCGAUCAUAAUACGCCCGGAAACUUCCAGGCAGCUCAGCCAUCAACAGACAAAAAACUGGACAAGCAAAAAGAAAUAGAUCCAUCAGAGGAGAAUUCAUUCUCGAAUCCGGAAAUCACCAUCAAAAUUUCAAAUAGUAACUUUACUAAUUCUGAUGAUCAAAGCAAAGUUACGAUCAACGAAGGUAUUGAAAAUGCUUGUAUCAAACUAGUUACUGCAAGAUCUCUUGUUAACUGCAGCAAUGGUGCCGUUAAUAAGAAUGCGUUAGAUUCUGCGCAUGAAACGUCUCGAGAUAUUCUUCCUCCACAAAAUGAUUUUGAUGAGAAGAUAUUAUUCUGUGGAAAGUGUAAAAAAAUGGUUGAUCCAUUGGCUACUUCCCCCACUAAAUUUAAUAGAAAACGAAAAUGCAAUAUAUGCUCCUACCUAAUUACAAUACGUUGCCGAAAAUGUUACAAAAGGUUCUCGUCGGUAUCAGGGAUGAAAUCACAUUUGUUUAUGUGUGGCAAACCACCGGGUUUUAAAUGUCCGAUGUGUGACUACAAAACUCAUUAUCCUCAUAGUUUUACAAGUCAUCUGAAGAAUAAUCACGAAACCAUGAUAAAGUUUGAAUCGUCAAAUCCUAUCGAUCCAGUGAAACUCGAGGCCAGACUUGAGGACUCAAUAGAGAUAGAUGAAGAUUUUAAGACGUCUAUGCAAUCCUUGACUAACUUCAAUCUUCUGGGUACUCAGACGCCACCUGAAGAGAAAUCGAUCAGACCCAAAAAAAGAGGUAGACCUCGCCGUAAUGUUGAAGCAAUAAGUAAACCGAGUGAUGAUGUACCUGUCAAAAGAAAUAGAAAGCCUAACAUUAAGUUCGUGGCUCACAGUGACAAUAACGCAAAAUUCGUUAACAUGUCUUUUUUAGAACAAAACAAAUUAAACGAAGAACGUAACGUUGAAGAAGUACCUACUAAAAGGAAAAGAAAGCCUAACAUUAAGUUCGUUGUUCAGAGUGCCAAAAAUAAAAAAAGCGUGAAGAAGAAACCCAUCAAAAGAAAAACCGCAAUCUCAGCGAAGAUCCAAGCACAACCAAAAAGUACGAAAAUCAAUCAGAUUGGCGGCCUCAAAAGAUUAUAUAAUAACUCGUAUGAACAAGUGACAAUAUACUGUCCCGAAGAAGGUAAAAAAUUGAAAUUAGCAGAUACAUUGUACAUUAGAUCAGAGCCUAUGGCAUGCAAAAAGUGUGGAGCCCGCCUUCACUUUAUCUGCACAUGUGGCAAAAAGUUUAAAGCUCGCAGAUCUGUUCAGAAUCAUUUGCGAUCGGAAUGUUACAAAUAUGUGGCCUAUAAGUGUGACCAUUGCGGCCUCAUAUUUUAUUAUAAACGAACCUUAGAAAAUCACAUUCUAAGAAAACACAAAAACGAAGACGGAUCGUUCGCAGAGUAGCUGGAAAUCUAACGCAUAACAAAUUUACACGACAUUUAUCCAAAAAGAGAACAGGAAUUAUAACUAAAUGAAAUAAAAUUAUAAUUAAUUUCUGUGUUUAACAUUUAAUAUUUAAAGCGCUGUAUAUGCUUCA